AUGCAUCCAGUUCCAACUGAUGAACCUAUGCUACCAAUGAUUGAUGGGUUGAUCUAUGACUUGAUUUCGGGUCCUUUUGAUGGCAUAAGCAAGCAAUGCAACAGUGUAUCUCUUCCAUCUACUACUGAGAACCGAUAUUGUUUUUCAGUUGCUAUGGCUGCUCGGCAAAUCAUGGAGCCGACCUGGAUAAACGGCACCGCUAAUCCUGACUCGCCCUUGAAAACGGCGUGGCGUCGCAUGGGUCGCACUUGGGUCGAGUGUCUUAGCGCGAAAAAGUUGGCAGGUGCGAUGCAAUAG